AAACAUAUGCAGGUGCAGGCUACCGUGCCGGCCAGUGGGACAUUAUCACUGCCACCUCUGUAAAAGAACAGUUAUACGCCGGGUGGAUAUAGAAAAGCAUUUAUUGUUGUGCAAAAUUUCUUCAGUUCCAAAUUCGCCACCGUCUCCAGUGCUGAUCCCACCACCCGCUGCACCCUCUCCAGUGCUGAUCCCACCACCCGCUGCACCCUCUCCAGUGCUGAUCCCACCACCCGCUGCACCCUCUCCAGUGCUGAUCCCACCACCCGCUGCACCCUCUCCAGUGCUGAUCCCACCACCCGCUGCACCCUCUCCAGUGCUGAUCCCACCACCCGCUGCACCCUCUCCAGUGCUGAUCCCACCACCCGCUGCACCCUCUCCAGUGCUGAUCCCUCCACCCGCUGCACCCUCUCCAGUGCUGAACCCUCCACCUGCUGCAAUCUCUUCAGUGUUGCUCCCACUACCCUCUGCAAUCUCUUCAGUGUUGCUCCCACUACCCGCUGCAAUCUCUUCAGUGCUGCUCCCACCCCCCGCUGCACCCUCUCCAGUGCUGCUCCCACCCCCCGCUGCACCCUCUCCAGUGCUGCUCCCACCACCCGCUGCACCCUCUCCAGUGCUGAUCCCACCACCCGCUGCAUCCUGUCCAGUUUCAAGCCCCCUGUCCUCUACAUCUGGGGUAGAACACACAUAUGCACUGCCAUCUGUGCCGGUUGCAGCUGAAGUGUAUACGAAAUCGGUGAAAUUCCCUCAGUGUAGCCUUAGUCUUCUCCGGAAAAACUCGAAACCACAACACCACACGUAUACCACAAGUUUAAAAGAAAUGGCUAACUCUGUAACUGCUGAAAGAAUUUUGCUGGAACCCUACAAGUAUUUGCUUCAACUGCCAGGUAAACAGAUCAGAACAAAGCUUUCACAAGCUUUUAACCACUGGCUAAAUGUACCAGAAGACAAAACACAGGUAAUAAUUGAAGUAACAGAGAUGCUGCACAAUGCCAGUUUACUUAUUGAUGACAUAGAGGACAACUCCAAACUAAGAAGAGGAUUUCCAGUGGCCCAUAGCAUAUAUGGCAUUCCCUCUGUAAUAAAUUCUGCAAAUUAUGUUUAUUUUCUUGGUUUGGAGAAAGUUUUAACUCUUAAUCAUCCAAAUGCUGUUAAUGUUUUCACGCAACAAUUACUUGAACUUCACAGAGGUCAAGGACUGGAUAUUUAUUGGCGAGAUACUUACACAUGUCCCACAGAGGCUGAAUAUAAAUCUAUGGUACUCCAGAAGACUGGAGGACUGUUUGGAUUAGCUGUGGGCCUUAUGCAUUUGUUCUCUACCUAUGAUAAAGACUUAAAGCCGCUACUGAACACCCUUGGUCUCUUUUUCCAAAUAAGAGAUGAUUAUGCAAACUUAAACUCCAAAGAAUAUAGUGAGAACAAAAGUUUUUGUGAAGACCUAACUGAAGGAAAGUUUUCGUUUCCUACCAUACAUGCUAUCUGGUCAAGACCAGAAAGUACUCAAGUCCAAAAUAUUUUACGACAGAGGACAGAGAAUGUUGAUAUUAAGAAAUACUGUGUUCAUUAUCUUGAAAAUGUUGGCUCUUUUGAAUAUACUAGACAAACACUGAGAGAACUAGAAGAUGAGGCCUAUAAACAGAUUGAAUCUUUAGGUGGUAAUCCAGAGUUGGUUUCACUUAUCGAACAACUCAGCAAAAUGUAUAAAUUGGAGUAAUAAAUGUUAAGUUUUUAAUCUUUCUACAACAAAGUGUUUACUGUUUUAAAUAAAGAUGAUCUUCUGUUGUUACUAAAGCA